AUGGUAGAUGGCAUGAUGCCCAAAUUCAUCGCUAUUCUGAGGACUGCCUUGGGUCGCAUGGGACAAAAGCUCCGGCUGGGCAACGUGCAUCUGGUCUCGUCGAAGCGAGGAUGGUGGACCAAGGAUAUCAAAGAAAGCAUUUGGCGCAGGGGAGGCGGCAACUGGCUUGUUGGAAAGUUCAAUGUGGGAAAGUCGAAUCUGUUUGAGGUCCUUUUCCCCAAGGGAUCCGCCGGCAGAGCGCCUGUAUAUGCAGAGAUUCAGCGACAGCAGGAGGUUACCGCAGAGCAUAAAUCUACCGAUACCACCUUUUUCUCCGAGAAAAACUUACUACCUCCCCCUCAGCCAGAAGUUCCUUUUCCAUCCAUGCCUUUGGUGUCAAGUCUGCCGGGGACGACAGCAUCUCCGAUUCGACUUCCCUUCGGCAACCACAAAGGAGAGCUGAUUGAUAUGCCGGGCCUAGAACGUGGAGGCCUCGACCAGUAUGUCAAGCCCGAAGAUCGGACCGACCUGGUCAUGGUACAUCGGCCGACGGUCGUCCAACACAUUAUCAAGCCCGGUCAAUCUCUGCUCCUAGGAGGGGGAUUGGUCCGGAUCACACCGCUCCUCGACGAAGCUGACCCGAGUACCACCAUGCUGGCGUACCCCUUUGUUCCGCUCAAAACUCAUGUCACAUCCACGGAGAAGGCAUGUAGCACGCAAAUGCAAGAACGUGAAAGCGGUGUAGAGUCAAUCUUAGCUGAAGGCGCAGGGAACUGCAUGGCUUCUGCGGGUCAAUUCAAAUUGCAAACCGAUGUCACAAAAUCCAGAGCAGGCUCCAUGAUCAGAGCUGGAGUCAACAUCGAGAAGUUGCCAUUUCGUGUCUACGCAACAGACAUACUCAUCGAAGGGGUCGGAUGGGUGGAGCUGGUCUGUCAGGUCAGAAAAAGCAGACGUUUACAUCAGCCUGGGCCACUUGCUGAAGAUUCUACGGGACCAGAUUCCACCGGAUCGGAUGUUCCUAGCGCUGAAGGCCUGUCGAUUGAUACGAGUACGUUUACUCCAUUCUCCUCCAUUCAGACUGGUGAAGACUCGGGGCUCUCUCCAAGGUUUCCUGAAGUCGAGGUCUUUACUCCCAAUGGCAAGUUCGUUGGACAACGAACCUGUCUCGAUGUAUGGCAAAUGUGGAAUAUGGGAAAGCCUCAGCCGAAGAGGGCCGCGCGUCCUCGUAAGCCGAUGAGCGGCGCAAAGAAGCGCGAGAAGCUACGCCGCAGGGCAGUCCUGGCCACAAAUCAAAGCAGCUGA